UUAGAACAUGGAGUUUCUAAUUUGAAUCAAGUUAACACCUCUUGCUAUACAUUCAUAACAUACAAGUGCAAAAACUUGUACUAACAUUAUAAGUAAAAUUUGAUCAGAAAAAUGUAAAGGAAAGUAGGGAAAUCAAAUGGAGAUGAACACUUCCAUAUUAAAUUGAAUCACCUCCAAAGUUCAAACAUUCCGUUUAUCCCAUGACAACAGAAACCAACUUCCAGAAAAACAAUGUUGAGACUCCUCUUACAACCAUUGUACCAAAACUCAUUUCCACCAUCUACUUACGCACCCAUUUUCCAGUUCUUGAUAGGCAAAAAUCUCCUCAAACUUGGCCAACAAGUACACGCUCACAUGGCCAUUCGAGGUAUUCUUCCCAAUGGAUUAAUCGCAGCUAAAAUGGUUGCCAUGUAUGCUAGCUCAGGUGAACUCAAAUCAGCUUCACAUAUUUUCGACAAUGCCACUGAACCCACGUCGAUUCUUUACAAUGCAAUGAUUAGAGCACUUACCCUUUAUGGAAUUACUGAAAGAACAAUACAGCUUUACUUCCAAAUGCAUUCUUUAGGCUUACGUGGCGAUAAUUUUACCUAUCCCUUUGUUUUCAAGUCAUGUGCUGAUUUAUGUGAUGUUUGGUUUGGGAAAUGUGUUCAUUGUUUGAUUUUGAGAUGUGGGUUGGUGUCUGAUAUUUAUGUUGGAACUUCUCUGAUUGAUAUGUAUGUGAAGUGUGGUGAUUUGGUUGAAGCACAUAAACUGUUUGAUGAAAUGCCUGUGAGAGAUGUAUCGACUUGGAAUGCGUUGAUUGCGGGGUAUAUGAAAGAUGGGUUGUUUAAAUAUGCUGAGGAAUUGUUUGAGGAAAUGCCAACUAGGAAUAUUGUGUCGUGGACGGCUAUGAUUUCGGGGUAUGCUCAGAAUGGUUUGGCUGAUAAGUCGUUGCGAUUGUUUGAUAAGAUGUUGGAUCGUGACUCGGAGGUGAGACCUAAUUGGGUGACGAUUAUGAGUGUGUUACCUGCCUGUGCACACUCGGCUGCAUUGGAGCGUGGGAGGAAGAUACAUAAGUUUGCUAGAGAGACGGGAUUGGAGAAGAAUCCUUCGGUGCAGACAGCUCUUAUAGCCAUGUAUGCUAAAUGUGGCAGCUUGGUUGAUGCUCGUUUGUGUUUCAAUCAGAUAAACCCCAAGGAGAAGAAGUUGGUUGCUUGGAAUACAAUGAUUACUGCUUACUCAUCUCAUGGUUGUGGGCAGGAAGCUGUUUCGACGUUUGAGGAUAUGUUACGAGCUGGUAUACAGCCUGAUGGAAUCACAUUUACUGGGUUGUUAUCGGGUUGCAGCCACUCGGGUCUUGUGGAUGUUGGUCUGAGAUAUUUCGAUUGUUUGAGUUCAGUUUACUCUGUGGAGCCGAGAGAAGAACAUUAUGCUUGUGUGGUUGAUCUUCUUGGUCGUGCUGGACGAUUGGUGGAAGCAUAUAACCUCAUUUCUCAAAUGCCAAUGGCAGCGGGAGCAAGCAUUUGGGGUUCCUUAUUAGCUGCUGGUCGAAGCCAACGCAACUUAGAAAUUGCAGAAUUAGCUGCUAAAAAGUUAUUUGUCUUGGAACCAGACAACAGUGGGAAUUACGUAGUGCUCUCAAAUAUGUAUGCAGAAGCCGGAAUGUGGGAGGAGGUCAACGACCUAAGGGUCCAACUGAAAUCACAACGCAUUAUGAAGAAUCCUGGAUGUAGUUGGAUUGAAUUUGAGGGGAAAGCUCAUUUGUUCCUUGGUGGAGAUACAACUCAUCCACAGGCGGAGCAAAUAUACAUGUUUCUUGAGGCACUGCCAACCAAAAUAAAAGCAGCUGGUUACAUGCCAGAUACUACUUUUGCCUUGCAUGAUGUGAGUGAGGAGGAGAAAGAGCAAAACCUAAGUAGUCAUAGUGAGAGGCUGGCAAUUGCCUUUGGCAUUCUUAAUACAAGUCAAGGUACAGUUCUCCGUGUGACAAAGAAUCUUAGAAUCUGUGGAGACUGUCAUACUGUUAUAAAACUUAUCUCAAAGAUAUAUGAAAGAGAGAUCAUUGUAAGGGAUGUGAAUCGGUUUCAUCAUUUCAAAGAUGGUUCCUGUUCCUGCAGAGACUACUGGUGACUAAAAAUGAAGUGUAAUUUAUCUGUUCAUAUCAAAAUCAAUUAACAAACUCAGAUUGAGAAUUCCUGAAGUUUCUAUGCAUGACCGUCUCGGAGACUACCAACUGUAAUAUCAGCCUUGUUCACCGUCCACACUUGGGAGCAAAUUAUUAAACCCCAGGGGCAUUGAAUGUUUAUUUGUACACAAGCUGUCUCCUCAUUGAACUAUCACCCGUUGGUGAAUAAUAAUAAGCCUCAAAAUGAUGGGAAGUUCGUUUUAUGGAGAUUUUUGAUGUUGAGGGUGAACUGGUGAAGUAUCCUUCCUUGAGAAGUGUUGUUUCCUUGGUUUACUCACUGAAAACUGUAAUGAUCAACUUUUGGAAAAGCCAUGCAUUUAAAAUCUCACAACAUGACUGGUGGGAGGAGAUGAACUUUAUCACAGUCAAUUGUAUAUCAACUUUGAAAUCUCCGGUGUUGCUGAGACACCAAUACUAGGAACUUGAUUUUGAGGAUGUAAUUGCCGUUACAGGGAAGCUCAACACAGCAAUAAACCAUUGGACCUGGUAUGGCCUUGCGAAUGGUGAUGCUCUUGUUUACCUCAAAACAAAGAGAAGUUGAAUGUGCCUGAGCAAUUUGUUAACCAACAAAUCGUACUUAUAGUAUAAAGAUUAAAUUCAACAAUUCCUCAAUAAGAUUGACAAAUGGAAUGUACUCGAAAUAUGAGAAUGUAGGUCAUGGGAAUUGAAUUUUGUUUAAGGUUUUGACCGUCAUUUAUAACAGGGGGUAUUCCCUGACAUAUCCAGCAAUUGUACAUGAGUUGUUCUCUUC